CAUUGAAAUCUACUCACUAGUUAUUUUCACUCUUUUUAUUGGAUAUUUAAAUUUUCUUUGUUGAAAGAUUUUAUUUAUAUUAUAAGUCUAUAACUAAGCUUUUAUCUUUAAUUUUUGAAUUGGAUGUUAUGUUGAAAUUUAUAUAAAAUGUCUGCUUUGAAACACUUUUUGUUUCCCGAUCAUGCACCAAAUUCUGGGACUGUGAAGGCAAAGUGCAAAUAUUGUCCAACAUACAUCUCUGGCAAUGCCAAAACAACAUCAAACUUUGUGACACAUUUAAAGAGAAAGCACAGAGACAUUUUCAUUCAAAGUAAAUCUGAGGAUGGUACACAAAUAUCGCAAACAAAUAUAAGCAACUUUACAAAAUCUACAUCAGUUUCAAAAUACUCUGCCAAUGAUGCUUCUCAAAUGCAGAUUACAGAUGCUUUGGUUUCAUUUGUAGCUGGAAAUUUAACACCACUCUCAGUUGUAGAGAGUCCUGAAUUCAAGACCUUUGUCGAAUCAUUGAAUCCAAAAUAUCAACUUCCUAGCAGGAAACAUCUUUCUACCAAACUAUUACAUCAGAAAGCAAGCAAUAUUCAAUCAAAUAUAAAGGAAAAAUUACUAUCAGCAGAAAGUGUGUGUCUGACUAUCGAUUUAUGGUCUAAUCGUCAGAUGAAGGGAUUCUUAGGAAUCACAGGUCAUUUCAUACUUGAUUGGUGCAUGAAGUCUAUCAUGGUAUCUUGUAAACGUUUUAAGGGGAAACACUGUGCUGAGAAUAUACGCCAGGAAUAUGAAGAGGCAGUUGCUUGUUACAAUAUUGCAGACAAAAUUACAAACAUUAUAACUGACAAUGCUUCAAACAUGACCAAAGCAUUUGACUUCAGUCUCCCGGGAUAUACAUGUAAUAAUGAGGGAAAAAAUUCUAAAUCAGACAGUGAAGAUGAAAAUGACGAAUCUGAAUUGGAACCUAUUAAUAUUGACUUUCCUGAAGAUGAUUUACCAAAACAUGGAAGAUGUUAUGCUCAUACCCUACAACUGGUGGUAAGAGAUGGAUUAAAGUAUCACUUUACUUAA